AUGGCCUUGGCAGCAGGUGCUGAAUACACUACAGGCUGCACUCACACAUGGCGAACCUUACCAGAGAAAUCACGGGCUAGGUUAUUGAAGUUCACAAAAAUGGUAAAGAAAAUUGGACAAGAUGACCCAAGACGGGUUAUUCAUUCCUUUAAGUUCGGAUUGGCUCUAGUGUUGAUCUCUAUUUUGGAACAUCUUCGUCCCUCAUUCUAUGGUUUUGGUGACAACAUUAUCUGGGCGGUUCUCACUGUGGUUCUUGUCCUAGAAUUUUCUGUGGGUGCAACACUCGGGAAAGGUUUAAACAGGAUGUUGGCAACGGGAUUAGCUGGUGCUAUGGGCGUUGCAACCCAUAGAAUAGCAGCUCUUUCUGGGGAGAAGGGGAAGGAUGUACUGACUUCAACCUUUAUCUUUGUGAUAGGUGGAACGGUGACAUUUAUGAGAUUUUCCCCUCGAUUAAAGGCGAGAUACGAUUAUGGGUUGAUCAUAUUCAUAUUGACCUUCUGUUUGGUAUCUCUUUCGGAUAACACGGAGAGUGAACUCCAAGAAAUGGCUCAUGAGAGGUUUUUGACAAUCAUCAUUGGGAGCUGUAUAGCUAUCACUGUAUGUAUCGGCAUAUGCCCGGUUUGGGUUGGCCAGGAUCUCCACAAUCAGAUUGCUGGCAAUAUUGAAAAGCUCGCAGACUUUUUGGAAGGAUUUGGAGGCGAGUACUUCAACGACAACAUAGGGAAUACAGAAGCUGAGGGUGAUAAGCCAUUUCUCCGUAGAUAUGAAAGUGUCCUCUCUUCAAAAAGCAGCGAAGAAACCAUGGUGACACCAAUAACGCUGUUUUGGCAAGAUGGGAACCUUGUCAUGGCCGGUUCAGAUUUCGCCACCCAUGGAAGCAAUACUUAA